AUGAUGGAAGGUGGAGGCGAUCCGCCCCCAGCGGAUCCCGGAGAACAAAGCGAAACGGAAAUGGACAACCCAAAGGAUACACGGAAAUCGACUGGAAACAAGGAAAACUACCUGUAUACGGUUCAAGAUGAUGGACCAUACAGAAUCUACGUGGAAAGUGCAAAUGCUGAGAAAAUCAACAAAUUCUCUUUGGGAUCGGUAAUUCGGAAAAUGGACAAGUAUCGACAUCAUGUCAUCGAGCUCAAGUAUCUUGGACGCAACAAAAUAAUUGUGUUUAUGAACAGUUACAAGAAGGCAAACCUUUUCGUCGGAGAUGAACGAGUGAAAGAAUGUGGAUACAAGGCGUACAUACCACGACACUUGCUGUGCGUUACCGGUGUUUUGGCGGGAAUCCCAACUGACAUUUCGGUGGAGGAAAUCAAGCAAGAGAUUGAGUGCGACUAUCAAGUGGUAGAUGUCUAUCGCUUAAAUCAAUUUGUGGAAGGGAGAUCUAGACCAACCAACCGAGUGAGUGUGACAUUUCGAGCGAAGCAGUUACCGGAGAAGGUCAAACUUUUCUGCUGCACCCAGAGGAUUAGUCCAUUCAUCCAGAAGGUUCUGUUUUGCCAAAAAUGUCAUCGUUUCAACCAUAAGACCGAAAAUUGCAAAGGUAAGCGACGCUGUGCCAACUGUUCGGAAAUACACGAUGAAGAGGAGAGCUACAAACAUUGUGCAAAUGACAUGAAGUGUCUGUACUGCAAAUCUGCGAACCAUCGAACAGUCGAUGCAAUAUGCCCAGAAAAAGAGAAACAGCGAACAAUAAAAUCCCUAAUGGCGAAGAGAAGUCUGACAUACGUCGAAGCACGAGAGCUAGCUGCACCGGUUCUAACAAGCAACAUUUACGAAGCUUUAGCGGAAUCUACAAUGGACCCAACACCGGCAGAGAGCUUCGCCAAAAUGACGGCAGGAAAGUUCGCGAAGAAGACAGCAACAGGAGCAAUACCGAAGCGGAGAAUGGAUACAUCACCAAAAGAAGGACAUUCACAGGAAAUUGUACAACAGAAACUACAAAACAACGACAUCAAGGAGAAGCGGUUAAGGACGGACAAGGACAAUCGAGCACCAACCAGGAUAAUAACGCCCAAUACAGAGCAGGAACGAUGGGAAAACAUCACAUCAGAGGCCAGAAAAGCAGCGAAGGAAACAGCGGAGCAAAACAUGCGUGGGAUGCUUAUGAACUUCUACAGCGAUUUAGUCCAAAAUAGCGAGAUGUCGCAGGAAUUACAACAAACCAUAAAGGAAGUAUCCAAAAGACAUUUUAAAUUAGAUAACACCAUAUUUUAA